AGGGUCCUAAUUAAGCUAGAAAGGGCUAAAAUGUAGAUGUUCCUAAAGCAAAAUCUACUGGGCCCUAACAAAAAACCCAAAACCUAAAUCCACACUCACAUCACCUCUACCACCAGCUUCGCUUCAUAGUAGCUGGCUGGAUUUUACAGAGUCUCUCAUUGAAGAAUUUUCAUAUUUCUUCUUUCGCUUCUGGUAAUUCUUUGAUAUUUCGGGAAAAAAUUGAUUCUUGAAAUGGCAUAUUUAUAAUAUUUUCAUAUGAUUCAGGACUCAUAUGUAUAAUUUCAUUUCAUGUUUAUACACGUAUGAAAUGAGUAAAUGCGAUUGAAUGGGUUGCUAAGAAACCAAUAAUCUAUCUGGGUUUUCAUUAGUUUUCGUGGGUCUUGAAGGGUUUUGAUCGCAUUUGAUUGAAUCCCACGAUUUGUUUGUUUCUUGGUUUAGCUAACUGUUUGAUCAAUUUGAACAUAGUUUCUGCUGUUUUUGAUGGGUUAAUUCUGUUGGAGUUCGUGAUUCUUGAAAAGGUUAUUCAAUAUUUAGUGAUAUUAGAGGUAGUUGAACAUAGUCCCUGCUGAUUUUGAUGGGUUAAUGCUGUUGGGGUUCGUGAUUCUUGAAAAGGGUAUUCAAUAUUUAGUGGUAUUCGAGGCAUUGCUUAGUAUGUAUUGAAACGGAUAUUAGUGGAAAGGCGAUAUUUUGUUUAUGUUGAAUUGAAGAGCAGUAGUUCUUGGUUUGGUGUAUAUGUUUGAAACUGAGGGGAGAGCACCAGAACAUGCUCACUCUGCGCCUGGUUCGCAGAUUUGGAACUAGGAGUCACCUUGCUGCUGGCUCAGGUGCUGGUAAUACUUCUAAAAAGGCUUUAGUUUCUAAGAGGAAGUGUGUAAAAAAAGUAGAUGAACCAGCACUUUUUAGGCUAAAAAAGGAAAAGAACCCUGAGAAGUUGUUUCAGUUAUUUAAGGAGAAUGCUCAUAAUAAGACUGUCAUUGAGAAUCGCUAUGUGUUUGAAGAUACAGUUUCUCGCUUGGCAGGUGCGGGUAGGUUUGAUUACAUUGAAAAUCUGCUUGAGCAUCAGAAGACACUGCCACAAGGUCGCCGUGAAGGUUUCAUUGUUCGAAUUAUAAUGCUUUACGGGAGGGCUGGGAUGAUACAACAUGCUAUAAAAACCUUCUAUGACAUGCAUUUAUAUGGCUGUCCACGAACUGUUAAGUCAUUCAACGCUGUGCUCAAUGUUUUGACUCAAUGUCAUGAUUUGGAGGCUAUUGAGUCCUUUCUGUGGGAUGUUCCUGAAAGGUUCUCCAUCAAUAUAGAUAUACUUUCUGUCAAUACAGUCAUUAGCUCAUUUUGUAAAAUGGGUAUCUUGGAGAAGGCUUAUUUGCUCAUGGUUGAGAUGGAAAAGUUAGCAGGUAUAACACCUGAUGUUUUUACAUAUACGAUACUUAUAUCUGCCUUCUAUAAAGUCAACCGAUGGCAGAUUGCUGAUGGAUUGUGGAACCUCAUGGCCCGUAAGGGUUGUAUGCCUAAUGUUGCUACCUUUAAUGUUAGAAUUCAAUUUAUGGUAAAUAUGAGGUUUGCUUGGGAAGCUAAUAAAUUGUUGAAGUUGAUGAAACGUAUUGGGAUAACUCCUGAUGAGGUCACAUACAAUUUAGUGAUCAAAGGCUUUUUCCUAGUAGAGAAUCUUUAUAUGGCAAAAAGAAUCUAUUCUGCUUUCCAUGGUGCAGGCUUCAAGCCAAAUUCUAGAAUCUAUCAAACAAUGAUUCAUUACCUGUCUAGAGCAGGUGAGUUUGAUUUGGCAUAUUCAAUGUGUAAAGACAGCAUGAAAAAUAAUUGGUUCCCAAAUUUGGAUGUGAUUAAAAAUAUCCUUGAAGGGCUGUGCAAGGAUGGAACAGAGGAAAAGAUGGGAAAUGCUCAAUUUUUAGUCAUCCUGGCUAAGAAAAAGAUACCCCCUUUCUCAACAGAAACUUUGAACAUGAUGUGGUCAAUAGCAAAUCGUAGUUAUAAGUACAAAAAACAUUAAUUUCUGCUCAAUGGUUUAGCUGAUUUUGCAGCACCUCCAAAAUCCACAAAGCUUCAUUCUCUUUUUGGUGAAGCAGAAGUGAUAAGCUAUUACUUCAAUGGAUUAUGAGCCUCCACGAUGAAGCUAAUUUGCAGUUUCUCCAGAAGUAAGUUUUUACUCUUUCCAGAAAAUCCAAUGGGGGCUGAAAGAUGUUUGGAAGUACAAUGGCAACCUAAUUUGUAUGGUUGCAAGCGAAGGCAGCGAUUGAUGAGAAGAUGAGGAAGCAACACUUUGAACUUAGUAACAUGAUAUCUGGAACUGACUCAAUAAAGUAAACCUUCUGUGGAAUUGGGUCCAAAGGGAGGAGAACAAGAGCAAAGUCAAGCUCGCUGUUCCCUAAACUAUACAUGGGCAUCGAUGCAACCAUGUUAAAUGGACAAUAUUCCAGUGUUUCAUUUGCCACACCAAAGUAUAUACUGUCACGAUGGGAUCAAUUUGCUUCUCAGUUUGAGCUGGUUGCUUCAAGUGGUGUGUAGCUGAUUUAUGACAUUGAACAUGAUUUGAUGGAGUGAACACCACAAUAGAGCUAUAUAUCUUCAUUGAAAACUGUCUGGGAUCCAUCAUUUGCGAGCAGGAAAACAGCUAUGGAUCUUCAGUAGAUCAUCAGAGGAGGGCAACCUUAAAAGCUUUUGCAGCUGUAUAAUGACCAUGUGCAUAAUUAUGAAGGGACAUCCCAUUACCAGAACAUAAAUAUAUCCCUCUGUUUAUGCUCAAUAAACAGUGAGAAGCACUUUAAAGGCAAUUACAACUGAUACACGUGUGUUACUCGCGGAGCUGGAGCGACAGUCUAGGAUUUAACCACCAUCCAAACCGAGUUGAGUACUUUCAGGCAUUUGUGAAGCUGACAGCAUCGGAGUAUCGAACCACCUAUCGAUGAACAAGAAAGGGACUGAUUCAAUUAAGGAGUCGGGUGGUGAGAGAUGAUGCCCUAUUGUACUCGUUUCAGUCUGCUAUUAAUCCCUUUGAUCAAACAAACAAAACCAGUGAAGUGAUGCUUCUCCAUGGCUGUACUCAACCUGCACUAUGUAUAGUUUUUGGAGCAUGGUCAUCGUCUUCUCCAUUGGUUUAUGAAGUAACAUAUGACAUUUUCGUACAACGUGCAACUGCCAGCCCCUUAACAUUGUUGGUUCAGCAUCAUAGUGAACUUUUAGUUAUCAGGGAUUUUGAAUUAUACUGUUUUGCAGAUAUAUACAUGCAUCUUUUUUUUUUCUCUCCAAAUAAUCUUGGCAUUUUCAUUUGGGCUUGGGUGCCUUGCACUAGAGGAAGGUACCUGCUCCUAUUCUUUAUAUUGUAUUGAAUUUAUUUGUUAUAACACGAGAUUCAUUCUUUCGAUUCAGUA